UGCAAAAUGUGAAAAUUAGAUCAAUACUCUGAUACGGGAUGAGAGAAUAAUUUUAUUUCAUCCCAUAAUAAAUUCAUCUACUAUACGUAAACACCUCACCUUCCCUCCCUUUUAAUACCUCACUACAUUCCAACUUUCAAAGACUUCCCAACAACUUCAUUUCCUACAUAUUUAUAUUUAUAUAUACCCACACACAAAAAAUUAUUUAUUUCCUAUUUUUUCCCCACAAUAAUUCUCAAACUAGACAUUUUUUUCUCUUUCUUUCAUAAAUAAUGGACGAAGGAGGAUUAUUGGGGUUAACCCUUAAGAGAUCAUCAGAAAGCGUAGAGCUUUCCGAGGAAAACCUUAUCGAUGGCGGUGGCGGUGGUGGCAGUAUGUUCCGGCCGGUGGCGGAGGAUCAUGCAGCGGUGGCGGCCGCCUCAACGUCGGCUGUGUCUGACCAUAAACGGCCUGCAGCUCCGUUAAGUGAAGUUGACUUUUUCUCCGACAAGAAGCGGCUCGUCAAGAGAGAGAUCGUGAGCUCCGACGGCGGUUUUAACGACGUUAACACGGGUUUGGAGCUUGUGAUUAAUGCAACUAAUACCCGAAGCGAUCAAUCAACGGUUGACGAUGACAGUCUUCCAUCCGACAUGGAAGAAUUGCGUUCAACGAAUGAGGCACAGAUGAGAGCAUUGAAAUUAGAGCUGGAAAGCUUCCGAUGCAACACCUAUGAUGAGGAAAGCUCGCGUCUCCGUCCGGCCCGAUCGGAAGCCUCCAUGAUUGGUGAUGGAUGUCAAUGGAGGAAAUAUGGACAGAAAAUGGCUAAGGGAAACCCUUCUCCCCGUGCUUACUAUAGAUGCACCAUGGCCUGCGGUUGUCCCGUUCGCAAACAAGUACAGAGGUGUGCAGAUGACAAUGCCAUCUUGGUCACAACCUAUGAGGGGACCCACAACCACCCGCUGCCCCCGGCGGCGGCAGCGAUGGCGUCCACCACCUCGGCCGCCGCGAGCAUGCUGCUCUCGGGUGCCGUCACGAGCGCUGACGUGUUAAUGAUGAUGAACAGCCCUAAUUUUUUAGGGAGGGCAAUUCUGCCCUGCCCUACGGGAGGGAGUGCCGGUUUGGCAACAAUUUCAGCGUCGGCCCCUUUCCCCACCAUCACAUUGGACCUCGCUCACAAUAGUAAUAAUAAUUACCCGAGACCCCCUACCCCACAACUCCCUUUCUCAAACGCCCCUCAGAGUCUGCAUAAUUAUGCUUCGGCCCCUCACAAUUACUAUAUUUACAACCACUCCAAGUUUUCAGGGCUACAAACGUCGAAUUAUAAUGGUAAUUAUAGUAAUACUAGUACGCCUCCACACUUGCGUCACCUCAAUCCGUUUGCUCAUCAUCAUGACGUCAGCAGCCCCGCCGCCGUGGAUCCCAACUUCGCCGCCGCCCUAGCCGCGGCCAUAUCUACCUUCGUUAGCAGUCCGCAGACAAACUGCGGCGGCAAUGUCGUCAGUGCCGCCGCGGCUAACACCUCCGAAAGCAACCCUCCAGGGAACGGCCGGCCACAAGUCUAGCAGUUUAAAUUUUCUGAGUUGUAUUAUUGGAGAAACUUUCAUCAUAAAUUGCAUAAAAAAGUGUAUUCCAUAUUAAUACAAUAAAAUAAUUUUUUUUUAAAGUUUUCUACAAAAUAAGUCUAAUGAAAUCACUUUCAUAUUAAUGUACAAUGUUACUCCGUAUUUUAAUUAAGUUGUGGCUAAUAAAGUUUGUUUAAAUUG